AUGAAACUUUUCGCCGCCGUCCUUGCUCUCGUCCAGGCUUCUGCCGUCCAGGACCGAGUCGACAUCAUUCUCGGACAUCUUGACCGACUUGCCGACGCCACCCUCACCGCCGGUGAUGCCAAGGACGACCGCUACGUCGCCAAGAUCCAGUCCUGGGCUGCCAGAAUCGUCGCUGCCAACGGCGACCGAGACGCCGAGUGCGACGCCGCCGAGGAAGAAGCCGACGACAAGUUGGUCUUCUCCGAGGACGACUACUGCCAGCUGAACUCGCAGAUCAACGCCGCCCUCAACUCUGCCGCUCGCCGAUGGGCCUGCGACGGACGAGGCAACGUCGCCCGACAGGCCGUCCGACGACUUCGAAAAGUCAAGAACCAGUACGCUCGACGAUACUGCUCCGCUGAUGAAGGCGCUGAUGCUCGACGAUACGGCCGACCUCAAUACUACUAA